UGUAUUUCACUCUUUCUUGCUCUGCCUGACCAUAGGCAGUCAGCCUUCCUCCGUUCUGACUUCAGCCACCACCGAAGCGCUCUUUUACCAUACGAGAUGGCGACAAACCUGGGCGCUACAUUUGUCCCCGGCGGAGGGGAUGAUUACUACAUGCCGGAAGUAUUCGCUCCGGCACCUCAGAGGUGAGUGAGUCUUUUUGUUACUUGUUUGAGGAGUUCUUGUUCGUUUUCUCAGCCUCUUUUGUUGCUUUUCUUCUGCCUAUUUUUGGCUGCAUCACAUCAUCACAUCAUCGCAGUAUCGUUUACCGGCAGCACCUCAAUACCUACCACCUACCCACCCAUCGCUCCGCUGCAGUUGAUUCGAUCCAUUUCGCCCAGCACGCACCUCAACUAGCUGCCGCCUGUACUUCCCCAAGCUGCAGCCUGUGGCCCAGCUGACUUCGCUCAUAAUCACCCCUCCCAAACUUUGGAGCCUGCCUUGUUCGGUUUCCCCGCCAAAAGAGGAAGCUUGCCCCUCCCUACCGACCUACCCGCCCGUCCUUUCCGUCAUCUAUGCUGAACCCCCUGCAAUAGCUGCACUACACUGUCUUGGAUGGAGGCCCAAACAGGCUCCAACACUUCUUGAUUACAACAUGCACUUGUCGCUGCCCUAUACAGCCUCGAUAUAGGCCGACCCAUUGUUUCUUUUGCUUACCCCCAGUUGCUAAUUUUCUCCCCCUUUGCAUCUUUUUCACCCUCUUGCUUUCUUUUUCUUUUUACCUUUUGUAUUCUUCUUCUCUUUUACGGCCCCUGCACACGAAAAAAAAGCUUUUUUUUGCGCAAACCAACCGAACAAAGCGGGCCUCAGAUUGGUCCGGCGCGUUCAGCCCAAGCUAAGAAGAGGGGAGGGUGAGUUAUCGAUUUGCUGACGCCAAGUUUCUUUUUCUGUUGGAUUGGGCCCAUGCAGGGUUAUGCCAGAAGUCCCUCAGAACAUGCAAUCAGACCUUCAACGACUAGAACAACAUUCUGCUGAUCUAGGCGCGACCGGAAACCAAACCCAAGGCAACGCUGCCUCCAGAAAGACAGGUGCGCACCACCAGAGAGACCCCUCGCUUUCAGCCUAUCUGAAUACCCAGGUAACAGGAGGUGGAGGCACAGGUGGCAGUGCAACAGCUCCGUCGGUGCCCCAAAUAAACGAGCCCGACGGCAUCGAGUUCAGGCCCUUCGAAGACAGCGACAAGAAGACAUACGACAAGAUGUCUUCUCACGACGCCUACGACGCCCCCAGCUUCUCGCCCUUCCCCAAGGUCAAAGGCGAGAACAUACCGCUGAGCGACGAGGAGAAGGAAGAGAUACUAUACAAUGCGCGGUCCCACGUUUUGCACUCCAACAAUGUCUCGAUGCAGUUGUCGUGGGCGCGCGACUCGCUAGCUUGGGUUGAGAUCAUGGCCGAGUCCUGGCAACGGGAAAACGCUGGCGCCGAGCGGCCUAGGACCCCGAAGGUUGAACACGAGCUAAGGGAAGAUGCAAUCAACAUCGUCCACUACCUGGCAGAACAAGGCCACCCAGAGGCCCUGUUUAUGCGCUCCAAAUGGCUCGAGUUUGGCAAGUUCGGCCAGCGAGCCGACAAGAAGGAGGCUUACUUGGGUUACCGCAAGGCUGCCGAGCAGGGAUGGGGUCGCGCCGAGUACCGUAUGGGAAUGCUGUACGAGAACUCCAACGACAUGGAGAAGGCAAAGAAGCACUACAAUUUGGGCAUGGAACAGCGCGAUUCGGCUGCGUCUUAUCGACUCGGCAUGAUGAGCUUGCUUGGCCAGCAUGGGUAUCCAAAGGAUUACAAGUACGGUCUGGAGCUGAUCCAGAUCGCAGCCGACAGCGCCGAUGAGGACGCACCACAAGGUGCCUAUGUCUACGGCAUGCUGAUCUCGAAAGAUUUGCCCGAUCUCGACAUCCCAGAGAAUAUCCUUCCCACAAACUUAGGUCUUGCACGUCAAUACAUUGAAAAGGCGGCAUUCCUGGGAUUUGCGAAGGCGCAGUCCAAAAUGGGCCAGGCCUAUGAGCUUUGCCAACUAGGCUGCGAUUUCAACCCGGCCUACUCAUUACACUACUAUGGCCUUGCCGCAAGACAGGGGCAGCCCGAGGCGUCGCUGGGAGUCAGCCGUUGGUUUCUUUUCGGUUACGAAGGGGUCUUUAGUAAAAACGAGCAGCUUGCCUUCAAGUAUGCAAAAUCUGCAGCAGAUACCGGACUGGCUACAGCCGAAUUCGCCAUGGGAUACUACCACGAAAUUGGCAUCCACGUCCCCAAAGAUAUCCGCGAAGCCCGCAACUGGUAUGAGAAAGCUGCCGAUCACGGCAACAAGGAUGCGGAGCAGCGGCUCGAUUCGCUCCGCCAAUCCAAGACUCUGACCAAGGAAGACCACGAAACGACUACCCUCACACGAAUUAAGUCCCAGCACGGUUCUCAGCGCGGUAAACGACCCGACAGGUUCAAGCAGAGGGAAAGUGGAACCAUGCCUACCGUGGCCGAGUCGAGGUCUGGACCUGGCACCCCCAUCGAUGGUACGAUGCCGCAACCGGGUCGUGGCCCCAGCCCGGGCCACUCACCUAUCGCAAACGGAUUUGAUGGCUAUGAUCAAAGCAGGGGCCGGCAGCCAGCUUUUGGUGUUAAUGUUGGCCAACCGCCACGCGCAAGGUCAACCGCUCCCUAUCCGGAAGACGACAGGCCUGCACCGCUCAAUAUGUCGGCUCGCGCGAGAUCUACAGCGCCAUACCCGGAGGACGAGCGGCAGACGCUUUACAACAAGCUCCCAGUAUCUCCGCACUAUAAUCCCGACAUCCGCGGCGCGGGGGUGAGUGCUCCCUUGGCAGAGCGACCCAAUUCGGCGUUUGGCAUCAGGGCGGAUCCGUAUCAGGCUGGUGGAUACAGACAGUCCCAGGCUGGUGGUCCUGGCCUUGCUCCGAUAUCACCAGCAGGCGCUCAAGGGCGCGGACGCGUUGUGUCGGCCGGUCCUGGGUGGGAUCAACAGGCGCAUGGUGGAUACCGGCAAUCUAACACCAGCCCUGCGGGAUAUGGACCUGACCCCUACACUCAAGGGCCACCGCAAAUGAGCGGGGCUGGAGGCCCGAUGUCCCCGCCCAUGGGUGAUCCUUCGAGAAAUCGCCUUACCAAGCAGCCUCCCGGCCCUAGUCAGCCUGCAUACUCACCCCAGGGCUCGCCUGGCUAUCCUCCUCCCAUGGUUAAUGCGGCAGUCCCUGGCCGUGACUAUGGUCCCAGAACCUCAUCCCGUCCUACCUCUGAUAUGUACGAUAUGAGGGAUAUGAGGCAGAACAUGCCUCCAGUGGCAGGCCGGCCAGUGUCGGCAAGGCCAGACCGCUACGAUUCGCUACCGCAGCAACAAGGAGGCGGCUAUGCAGGGGGUCGGCCGCCACAGCAACUCAAGGAUAGGCCAAGCCACAUAAAUCCUAUGGACCCCGGCAGGCAGAGCGCACCGCCUAGCCAACAUGGCGGCGGGAGGCCCAGUCCAGCCCCGAGCUCGGUCCCAAGCUUCUCCAGUGGCCCAUCAGGCCCUCCCGCUAGGAAGCCUGUUGGUGGGGGCGCUGGGGAUGGUGGUGGUGGUGCUGCUGCCAACAAGCCGGCACCUCAGGGCCCGGCAACUUUUGAAGAGAUGGGUAUUCCUCAGGGCAAGAACGAUGGUGACUGCGUUGUAAUGUGAAAUUUGAUGGGUAUCAGGGCGCAGUAAUCAUCUGAGGAAGAAACACUUUGUGCAUAUAGAUGACAGGCAGGGGCCAACAAACAACAGGGUUUUUCUUUAUUUUGGCAUUUGAAUUCGACAUUGCGGGCAUUUGGAAACGAGGUUGGCUUUCCACCCAGACUAUUGCAUUGCGCAAUUUUUUUUGCAUGGCGAGGCCGAAGGCGAUUUAAAAAGCAUGCAGUUCUGGUUUUCCUUAGAUGUUUGGUUCCUUUUUACGUCCAACUCAGCUUUGUAGAUACCACCAUUUGGAAGAGUAAUCGCGCCGGCGGAUCAUCGCUGUUUGCCCGAAUUGAUUGACAGGCAAAUGUCUCAAUUUCACAAAUGUUAAUUUUUCCGCAGACUGCGCCAUGACAAAUGCCAUACCAGUCGAACCAAGAUAACAACACCAGCGU